AUGGACGCAGGGGAUUAUGAGACAAACAAUUUGUUGAUCAGUAACCUGUCCGCAAUCUCUUUCCGUAUAUACGAACCCAUCGCCGCCCAAUCCUCGACAUAUACUUUUAAUGCCAGUGGUGUCGAGGAUGCUCUGCGUAGCGAUGGCCACUUGGUGUACAUGGACGCCGUUCGGCGCGGCAUAUGGUGCUUCUACCUCUCCUCCGGCGACUCCGCCGCUCCAAGUCACUCUGAGCGGCUUGGUCUUCACGCGAGGAUGGAGGUAUGCGGCUACCCCUUAGGCCUCGUUGGAGAUGGAAACUUGGAACCCAUCGGGCUCCUGAAAAACAGACCGCCGGGAACAAACGCGAUCAACACACCAAACAGCUCGUCUUCUGCUAGUUCUGCCCUAGACAUGAACUCGAGGGCCAACCAGCCCUUCAGCUUCCCUCCUACCCCGGUGGUCGUAGAUGGCAAAGUCGCAUCAACCCCGGUCGGCGAUGUUAAAGGGUAUGGGUCGGUUCCUGCGCAGGAGAUCCAUGAGUUUUUCAUCACUGCCGUCUUGUCAUCUCUAACGUCAUCGUUUUGUCGCAACGUCGGCGCCAUCCUUUUGAACAACCGUUCCGCACUGCUGCCCCCGCAGGUAUUCAACCCUGGGUCGCUCGUCAUUGCCCUCCAUGUGUCCGUCCUCCACGGUCUGGUUUCUUCUGCCGAUGUCUUGCGAUCGAGUUUGUUACACGCCGGUCCAACCGUUCUCGCCGCGCCUUUCGGGACAUUUGGGGCUUUCCAAAGCGUCGUUGAUACAGAAAACCAGGUCGCAGAUGGGGGUUACGGCCAAUCACCAGAGACGCAAGUCAGCCGCUUCAGGUCGGAUCAUAGCGACAAGUUUGUGCAGCUGAAAACAACUUGUUGCAAAUUGCUCCAAAUGAGCGGGAUGUCGCCUUCAUUGCUGGACGGCUGUUCCUGGCUAAAUAUACACUUCCUCCAAAAGAAACCAUUUGAGCAAAGGGCAGAUGGGAAGAGGACCCCGCUUGUUGGCCCAAGUUCAACAGCCCCGUGGCCCGCAGUUCUUUGCUUUCGCAAACCCAAAAUCGAAGCAAUGUUAGACGUGCCGCUCGAAAAAGCGCUGGCGGGGACGGGCGUUGACCAUCUAGAUCCCUUGGACAAGGCGAAAGUAUGGUGCCAAGGGGUCAUCGAGAGAGAAGACGCCGCCAUAAGGAGGAAGAGGGAAAGGGAUGCGGCUUCGGCGCGCGAGCUUGCUGAGCCGGACGUGCGAGGCCAUGCGCAGACAAAUGGGUACUCGCCCAUGGCUCUCUGGCGCGGCUCGGCGAACGGCGCGCCGCCCCCUGCGACGGGGACGAUGUAUCCCACUCCUCCAGACGGAGUGCAAAUGUCCGGUGUUACACCGUCUUUUGACGGUGGCCAGGUCCAAAGCCCCGCCGGCCAACCACUUACGAACCCGGCCGCUGAUGGUCACGCCGCCAUGCGACAGGAUGCCCCAGUGCCGGAUACUUUCAACGCGACCUGGAAUGGCGCCGAGCCAAGGCCUGAGCCAGCAACGGCCAACUUUGCCGAAGAUAAUCUCUUCGGUGAUUUGGGAGAAGACAUGUUUGAAGGGAACGAACUUACUGAGGCGGACUUCAACUUCUUCGAUGAGCAUCCGGAUUCCGGAGCGAUGGAUUUGUCCGAUCUUCCAGAAUUGGAAUCCUCGGCAAUGGCAAUACAAGAGAACGGGAAUCACCAGUUCGAAGAGCAACCCCCGGCAGCCCAUGGUGUGGAGGACGAAAUGGAUGCACCCUCGGUCUCUCCGCAAUUCACCAAACCCGAACUGAGACACGCACGCAGCACACUAGCCGAUGAGAAUCGGCAACAAACUAAUAUGGAAAGCUUUAAUCGUAAUUCUAUAGCCGGGAUCAAGAGGAACCCGAGUCCAUUCAACCCCGAAACCGUUUUCAAGCGCCUCCAUACUCGCCGCUCGCCACUGAUACUAUCCACCCAACGAGGCCCUCUUCGGCGCCGCAGUUUAUUUGAGAAGGUCAAUUUUGAUCCAGCCCUGUCGCCCGCGACGAAAAAAUACGAGAAAGGCCCGUUUGAUUAUACUUCUACGGUUCGUAAGGAGAAGCGAGGCGGCACACUUCAAAACGGAAGCCUGCUCACUGCCGGUCGACCACUUGGGUCCGCACGGCAACGGAGGAAUCUCAAGGAGCUACCACCUGAUAUCGGUUGCCUCGUGGCCAGGAUAGCCAAUGUCGCUCCUAAUGGGCCGAAACAACAAGAUGACGCCCGCUCAGAAUCAGGUGACAGCAGCUCAGCCUCGCUGGAUGAGGAUGCGAGCGACCAGAUAGGCCACGCCUCGUCGCCGACAAAGUCAAGCGUGGUACGAAGGCGGCCGGAGGACGAUGUUAUAUCCAUGGCGGCCUCGUUCAGGGAGCUGGAGAACAUAUCAGUAGAUUCCCCGGGCUAUGGCCCGGUCGAUCUGUCCCGGCUGUCAAAUUCUGAGAUCCCCGACUUUUCCCUCUCUAGAUACUUUGCUGAUCCAGAGCCCGCACCGCUCCGCAUAUCUGUUUCCGACGACGAUUUCAUCACGGUGGCACAGAUUCUCACCGAGCAGGCAGCAAGCGGAUCGCUCAAACUGGCGCCGCAGCACCAAAGCUCCGAGGUCCAAGAUCUGCGUCGAAGCUUGAUCAAGGCCAUACGCUACUCAAUCAAGGGCCUGCACAAGGCACUCCCUCGAUCGUUGUCUGGGGCGGUCGGGUGUCGACUUCGUCCAUUCACAGAAGUCCAGGAUGUGCCCCUCCUCGUACAGCCCAACGCACGGGUGCAAGUGAGGCCUGCGGAAUUUCCCAAACCGAGUAUUUUCCUCAUCCCCACACCUCACGUCGAAAUUCGGCGCUACGAGAACCAACUCUCGGUGCUUCCAUCCGCUGUCACCUUUUGGGAUACCUUGGGUCUUGGGCCAGUACAGGGACCGAAGAGUGUCGUCGCCGUGUGCAUCUUCCCCCAGACUGAAGGCAUGCGGGACAAUGCGUCUGCCUUCCUGGACAGGGUUCAGAGCACCUACGAAUCGUUGAAGCUCGGUGCCUUUGAAAGGCUACCAACUAUCGCCAACAUCGUGGACGGCCUUGUUUUGCUGCCGACGGACCAUGACAUCGCCUCUCCGGCGCUUAAUUCACCUCGGGCCCGGUCAGCAUAUACUGACCAGAUGACGAAUCUUGCCAUGUCUCUAGCUGGCCUAUCCAUGUCAGAGAAGAAUUUCGUCGUCUAUUUUGCAUACACGCCAGGGAAUCCUAGUUCAAUUGUGGAUUGCUGCUCUGCCUUCCAAGAGCUGUUCGAACACUACAAGAGAUGCAUGAUGGAUAAGAAGAAACAAAUCUCGAACGACUUGGCGCUCCAGCUUGUACCGCUCGAUGCCGUUGCUUCGGAGACGUCACUGGUCGUCCUGUCUCCAUCGGAAUGUACUAAGCUCUGCUUGGAGACGUAUGACCGCUGCACGCUCUUCGGCGGACCCAUGCCCUCGCCGGCGGUCAUGCUUGAACGGGCGUUGCCGCGGGGGAUCGACUUCAAGCUCGCUGCUACGCCAUCGCCGAACCUGCUGCGAGAAAGCUCAUGUAUCCAUGUCGCGUACGCACGGAGCGUGGAUGAACGGUGGGUCACUGCCGCAUGGACAGACAACAGGGGCAGUACCCAAUCGAUGGCCUCAUACUGCCUCGGCAGGCGAGGCAAACCGUUGUCAAGAAUAUUAGCGGAUGUCAUCCACGAGAUUUGGGAAACGACUCAUGGCCUAAUCUCUACUUGCAAAGUCCACUGGCGGGUCGUCAUCACCAAGUGCAGCCCGAUGGAGCAGCACGAAAUGGAGCUCUGGACCGGUUUAGCGCAGUCAGAAGCCCGCGCCACCGUCAGUCUAGUCCUCCUCACAACCGACACCGACCCAUCCCUCCAACUCAUCCCACCCAUUACAACAAUCCCCCUUUCCGCCCCCUCCGCCUUCUACACCACCCCAGUCUCCACCCCGCAACCUUUUUCCGUCCUCUCUCCCGACCAAUCCGGCAACCCUUCUACGCCAAUGGGCACUACCGGCUCCGGCAUAAACGCCACAACUCCUGGCGGCGACUCCUCACAACAACAGCAACAACAACUACCAUCUCAACCCAACCAACCCGACACAGAUGGCGGCGACACCACCUUGAUCGACACAACCGAGACGACCUGGGGCGUGGUUGUCUCGCACAGGCUGAACAACUCGGCGUCCCUCACGGACCUCAACCCUGCGCUCGCGAGCGGUUAUCUGGUGAAGCGGGCCGGGCCGAGGCCGGAAGACGCGCCGGUGGCGAUGGAAGUCAACGUAGUGUACAGCGAUAACGCGAGGGCCAUGUACGAUGUGAUUCUGAGAGAGAUGUUGGCGUAUUUCCGCGGCCUGGGGACACUAGCCCGCGUGAGGGGCGUGACGGAACGGGAUGUGGAUGUGAGGCCGUGGCAUGUGGCUGUCGCGGAGAAGGCCGUGAGGGCGCUGUACCUUUUGAUGUGA